ACUCUAGAGAAAAGUUGGUUGGCCUUCUGAUGUAAUCCUUAUUUCUCAUUUUUUUGGUAGAAAUUUCUCAUAUUUUAUGAGCAUGCUUCACACACUCAUGAGAGCUGUGAGAUCAAGAAGUAACGUAGGAGUGAUAUCAUACUCGAUGAAAGGUGGUGCAAAUUCACUGGAGAUUGCGAAAUGGGGUUUGAGAAAUCUUGGGGACUGUCCAGAACAUGCGGAGGAGAAUGCUAUGAUUGUUAAACUGGACCUGAAGAAGCAAGUGUGCAUUUCACUUUUGGUUGCAUGGGCAAUCUUUGAUCAAUUCUUAUAGUCAAGUCAUUUUUCUUCGAUUUUGACUUUUGAAAAUGCUGAUAAAGUUUUCUUUUCCAAUUCCUUUUGGCAUCUAAAGGAGGUAAUUCCCGUUUAGCUCAUAGAGUAUUUGUUCAAGUGAAAUAUAUUCAGUUUUUCUGAACUGAUGGCUUGUAUAAUUCAUCUAUUCAACUGCUGUUCUGUUAAAAGACAUGUUGUUUUAUUUCCUUUUAUUAUUUCUUUAUUUGCUUUAAUGAUUCUACAUAUCAAGGAGACUAGAUCAACUAUUGUGGAGUCCAGUGCAACUAAGAAGAUGGAGAUGUCUUUGAGGCUGAAAUUUGAUGAUUCUGUUGAACUUGCUACAAGUUUAUAAAGCCUGCUCAACAAAUGAAGAGUAGGCUGCAUGUGUGGUGUUAUGGUUUCAGAGCAAUGGCAUUUGGAACAAGUGAAAUCAACAAAAUGGACCAGUCAAUUGAGCCUUCAAAAGUAAGUUCUCCUGCAGCAGAGGGGAAUAAGCUGGGACUGGUGACACUUUGGAGGACCAGAUAACAACACCAGAAGAGAAGAUGAAAAAUACUAGAAACAAGUAUGCUGUACAGUUUGAAACUUCAUCGCGUACAAUCCAUGAUGAACAAAAAGCCAGCAGUACAAUAAACAGUGAUAACUCCAGGAUACCUAGAACGAAUUCUAUCUCACAUGAAGAUGGAUCAUCCUGUCAUCUCUUAUCUGGAGUUGUAGCGAAUCUCAAACUGCCUACAGAAGAGAAUGGAAUGUCGGCAGGCAUGGCCAAUAACUGUAAACUUGCGCCUUCGACCGUUUUGUCUGCUAAUUACAUAACCAAUUGUGUUGCCAAAGACACAUUAUUCAAUGACAAACGAUGAAACCCUGACGCCAUUGCAAGAUUUGGCAACAUCUGAUCCAGGAAGUAGGUUUUGUAAGAACUAUCCCGAAAUGGAGAAAAAUUGUGGCAAUAUUUUCUCUACAAAUCUUCUUAACAUGACAGAAGGAUCAGGAGUCACAGAAAAAAAUUUAAAGGAAAGGGUACUCAUGCAGUUGGAGCAUCUGUUGCUGCAUAUUGUGUAGCUGAACUUUUAAUGGAGAAAGCAGUAAUGAUAUGAAAAAUCAAGGAAGGAUUAUCUCGGCAACAGUAGAUGUCAAUCCAGGAGCAGAAAAAGAUGAAAGUUUACCUUCAACAAAACCAACUACGAGAUGCAGCUCUACUAAAGAUAAAAGUAAAUCUGUGUACCACCAAAAAAGUUGAGGAAAUGUGAGGCAUCUGUUCUUACUGGACCUAAUUCAAACAACAAGCCUUCAGAUAUUACAGGUGAAACUGAUGAUGAUCACAAAGAAUUGUUAGUGGCUGCUGGUUCAGUUCAUAGUGUACGCGAAAAUGCCUGCUCUUUUCCAUUUUGGAAGACAAUGGAGAGCUUUUUUGCUCCUGUCACUUCUCAGGACAUAUUUUUCCUCAAACAAGAACUGAAUUUUGUUGAGAACCUGACUCAGUCUCAGAUAUUUGGUGAUGAAUACGAUAGACCGGGUGGCAUUAGUAGUUCUCCUCGAAGGGAAGUCAGUAAUUCAGAUCAACAAUCAAUAACAUCAACUGCUUUUGGUAGAUCAAAUAAGCCAUCAAAUAUUGUUCCUCCAUUGCUUCAAAGAGUCCUCUCAGCGUUCGUUAAUGAAGAUGGAGGUUCUGAUCCCCAUUGCUGUGAGAGAGUGGAAUUUGAACUUCAGCCAGAGUUAGAUAUGCAAGCUCAGAAGUAUUCUUCUGUGUACAGAUUAUGUUCUAAUAAAAGUGCUUCAUCAAGUACGUAUAGCACAGGAAGUGUAUCCAAUACUUUCAGCAAUCAAGGGCGACUGCAAGCAGAUGAAGGCUUGUCCUAUUCAAACGCAGGAAUUUUGCAUGGGAAUAAUCAAAAUGAUCCAAUUUUAACACAUGCUUCACAAGUAAAUGCACCUCCAGGUUUUCCUUUUAAUUGUCCAUAUCAGAUGCUGUCUCCCAAUGACAAACUAUCUCUGGAACCGCGGAGCAUUGGUUUAAAUGCGCCUCUUCUAGACGGUAGAGAAGGAUGGAUUGAUCGAGAAAUUAAGCAACUUAGAGGGGAGCUGUGGCAAAAGGUUUCAAUGGUGAAGAAUAACUUGAGGAAAAUUGGAAAAGCUAUUAAAUGUGAGCAAGACUUGGAGAAAAGGAAUCUUGAAGAAUCUGCUAUGGAUCAGCUGGUUGAAAUGGCCUACAAGAGGAUGUUCCAGGGUGGUUGGCGAAGCAAGUCUUCAAGGAUUCGUAAAGUCUCUGAACGAGCUGCUUUGCCCUUUGUCAAACGCACUCUUGCUAGGUGCAAGCAAUUUGAAGACUCAGGCAAGAGUAUCUUUGGUCAGCAUGAUCUACUGAGCAGUAUCUUAUAUAAACCUUCAACUGAGAAAGAUCCAAGGCCUAUUGAAUGUGAUGGCUCUGUGAUACUUGAUAACAAAUGUAAACGAGCUCAUGGCAAAGCAAAGCGCAAAUGUUCAGAGAUUGGUCCUGCGUUGGGUGCAAUUCAGAGGCUUGACUCUCAGAAUAAUAACAUGCAGAGAGGUUCUUCUGGGUUACAGGAGACUUCAACUCCAUUAGACCCUGUAAAAAUCCUUGGUGAGACUGAAGAUCUUGGUUCUUUGUUGAAAUUUGAUGAAGAAGGCUUGUUAGAUGGUGACUGUAUAGGACUUGACGUGCCAAUUCAGAAGUGGAGAUGUUUCUGUAAUGUUCUGCUUGUGAAGUGGCUGAGUUCUACUUUCCUCAGCAUGAAGAUUAUUCCUUGUCUUUUCUUCUGCAGAGCAAUUCCUGAUUGAUACAGAUUUUAGGGUCUUCUUACUUCUUGGGGUUAGAAUUUUUAAAUUCCUGGUUAAGUCUUGUUUGCGGUAUUGGAAUGUUAUUCUGACUGUUUGAACUCGAAAUAAUUUGACACUUUAUCAGAUGCUUGAACUCAUUGAAAUUCAAGAUUGUAAAAAUCUGGUCCGUUACUUGCUUGUC